AUGACAACCCCUCUAGUCGGCGAAAUGGAGCCGGCGCUCGCAGAAUCCGUCUAUUUCAAUGAAUACCCGCCACCAAAGGCCCUGCCCAAACAUGAAGCACUAGCCCGCGCCUUCAUCCAGCUCCACGUGGAAGCCAAUCGCCGCGUAGUCCUCGUCACAUCCGGCGGUACAACCGUACCACUAGAAGCGCAAACCGUGCGAUUCAUCGACAACUUCUCCGCCGGAACCCGCGGCGCGACAUCAGCUGAGUACUUCCUGGAACAAGGGUACGCCGUGAUCUUCCUGCACCGCCAGUACAGUCUCCUCCCGUACUCCCGGCAUUACAGCCACUCAACGAGCUGUUUCCUGGACUUCAUGGACGAGGCAGCGCCAUCUGCGGACUCCGCCGAUUCAGGUCAUGGAUCGAUCAUGGUGCGCGACGAGUAUCAGGACCAGAUGCGCAGCGUGUUGCGCAAGUAUCGGUACGCGAAGCAGAACAAUCGACUCCUGCUGCUGCCUUUCACGACUGUCUCGGAAUACAUGUUCGAAUUGCGGUCUAUGGCGAAGAUUAUGAGGCCCAUUGGGUCUAAUGCGCUUUUCUAUCUUGCUGCUGCGGUUAGUGAUUUCUUUAUUCCGCGCAGCAGGAUGGCAGAGCAUAAGAUUCAGUCUUCGGAGCUACCGGCGCAUAUGCAAGGAAAUGGAGCCGGAGCUGGGGCGAAUGAUAUCUACACUGGGGAGAACGAGGAGGAGCCUUCGAAUCGCAAGAAGCUCGUCGUGAACCUCGACCCUGUGCCUAAGUUCUUACAUCGGUUGGUGGAUGGCUGGGCGCCUGAGGGGAGUAUGGUUGUUUCAUUCAAGCUGGAGACGGAUCCUUCAUUGCUGGUCUACAAGGCGAAAACGGCGCUCCAGCGCUACUCGCACCACUUGGUUAUUGGUAACUUGCUUUCCACGCGCAAAUGGGAGGUUGUCUUCAUUACACCGGAGGAGCCCCACGAGCGCUGGAUCCGGGUUCCAAAGUCUAAGCGCAGCAAGAGUAUUUCUGGAGUUGAAGACCAGGUUGGAUUGGCUGAGGCUAAGAAGGGGAACUCUGUGCCUGUUGAUCAAACUGAGGCCGAGCAGGGCUCAGAAACUAGCCGGGAUGGAGUUGAGAUUGAAAGUAUCAUCAUUCCGGAGUUGGUGAAGCUGCAUACUAAGAAGGUUGAGAAGAACGCUCAGCCGCAAUAA